CCCAAAGUUUAGACCCGACUGGAGCAAAAGUUUUUUCUAGAAAGUGAGCUGCGGAGAUUUGUUGUACGAACUAUGAAUCUUUCCUGUAAGAAUAUACACUAACAGCUUCAACUUGGCUGAACAAGAAGGACCUAUCAAGCCAAGCGUUUGUUGCCUUUUUCGUCUUUUGUGGCUGCGUCUGCUUUUUUCUUUUUUUUUGGAAAAGUUGGGCCGGGACGACAACACAGAUUCCAGUGUGGAGUAGAUAUGCGCUUUGUUACAUUCACAAGUAUGCCAGCAAGAAACAACAGGAAAGCGCUGUCUUUCACUGCAGAUUUCGACAGCUAACACACUUUGGAAAAAAAAAAAAAACACCCGACUGUUAAACUUUAGAAUGACUCGGGGUAACUUUUACUGAGUGUCGUCAAUAUUUCCUGCAGUGUUAAAGAAAAAAAAAAAGUUUGGGAUUGGCUCAAACUUGUUUUUUGUGAGUUUCUCAACGCGACUUUUUAGGACACAUAAAGUUUGCCGACUGCUUUGGGAGAAUGGAUCCGAGCCAGCACAACCCUCCUGCCGGACACCAGAUCGUCCAUGUACGGGGCGACUCUGAGACCGACCUGGAGGCUCUCUUUAACGCCGUGAUGAACCCGAAAAACACUAUCGUGCCCCCAUGUGUGCCCAUGAGGAUGAGGAAACUGCCAGACUCCUUCUUCAAACCCCCUGAACCAAAGUCCCAUUCCAGACAAGCCAGCACUGACGCUGGGAGCGGAGGAGUUCUCACCCCCCACCAUGUCCGUGCACACUCGUCCCCGGCCUCCCUGCAGUUGGGAGUUGUUGGCGGUGGCUCCAUGUCUGGCAUGCCCCCUCCAGGUGCUUCCCCUCAACAUCUCCGUCAGUCUUCCUAUGAGAUUCCUGAUGACGUGCCUCUGCCCCCAGGGUGGGAGAUGGCCAAAACAGGCUCUGGCCAGCGAUACUUCCUCAACCACAUUGAUCAAACCACCACUUGGCAGGAUCCUCGCAAGGCCCUGCUCCAGAUGAACCAGGCUGCACCCCCCAGCUCUGUGCCAGUCCAGCAGCAGAACAUUAUGAACCCAGCCAGUGGUCCUCUCCCUGAGGCCUGGGAACAAGCUAUUACAUCAGAGGGAGAAAUUUACUACAUCAACCACAAGAACAAGAGCACAUCCUGGCUUGACCCACGACUUGACCCGCGCUUCGGCUUGAACCAGCAGAGGAUCACUCAGAGCGCUCCAGUGAAGCAGGGAGGACCGCAACCCCCACAAUUCAUGGGAGGCAACAACCAGAUGAGACUGCAGCAGAUCGAGAAGGAGAGGAUGAGACUGAAGCAACAGGAGCUGCUUCGGCAGAGACCACAGGAGCUGGCCAUAAGGAACCAGCUGCCCACCAGUAUGGAUCAAGAUGGCAUUACAAACCCUGUGUCCUCCCCUAUGGCCCAAGAUGCCCGCAUCAUGACUGCCAACAGCUCCGACCCAUUCCUCAACAGUGGGACCUAUCACUCCAGGGAUGAGAGCACAGACAGCGGCUUGAGUAUGAGCAGUUACAGCGUCCCUCGCACUCCAGACGACUUCCUCAACAGUGUGGAUGAGAUGGACACAGGAGAUUCUCUUCCACCCUCCAUGGCAUCACAGCCCAGCCGCUUCCCCGACUACCUGGACGCCAUCCCGGGUACAGACGUGGACCUGGGCACCCUUGAGAGUGAGAGCAUGGCGGUGGAGGGCGAGGAGCUGAUGCCCAGUCUCCAGGAGGCGCUGAGCUCUGACAUCCUCAAUGACAUGGAGACAGUGCUGGCAGCUACCAAGAUCGACAAGGAGAGCUUCCUCACGUGGUUAUAGAAGAUCACACACUCCUCUCCUCACACUCUGAACUGCUGCCUGCUCUGAUCUGUGAAGGAGCCAUAGAUGCUUUUACAAGACGUUUCAGCGAGCCUCUCUGAACUUCUGUCUCGGCGUGUAAAGCCAACCUAUUUUGAGGCAGUAUUGUUCUUUUCUUUUCACUGGUGUGUUAUCUCUUUUAUUUUGUCUGUGUCUUCAAGGCUGGCCCAUGAACAGACAAUAACGCAAGGGUCCCCAAAAUCAUUCACAGAUCUGUCAAUGAAUCUAGGGCAUCUUUACCUUCCUCCUUGUCUCUCCUCCUCAUGGCUGAGCUGGGCAGGUGCAUGAACUCUUCUGCAAGAACUGCUGACAUCAGUUAUCACCUGGACUCUAUGGUGCCUCUUUUCUUGCAAUAUAGCAUGAAUCAGAACUACUUAACUGCGUUUGGGACUAUUGCAUCUAGCUUAAGUAGCUUUAUAUUUGGCCUUGUACAUUUUUAUUCUUGUGUUUGUUUGUUUUUAACGAGCCUGAGAAACCAAAAAUGAUGUAUUCGAAGCAUAUGGAACAAUACUGAUUUGGAGUAAAGGUAAUGUUAGUCCCAGUUUGAGCAUGUUGGCUUGCUGUGGG